AACAUCAGCACUUGGAACAUUCCUAGAAAACGCAACCGUUUCAAUUCAUAAUUUCUGAUACCCUGAACCCGUUCAACCCCACUAUAAUAUUAUCUUCUUCAUCCUUUGACGGAAGAUUUCAAUGCAAAUAUGUGGUUACGUCGAAUACAUAGGUACACACUAGAAAAAUAAAAAACCCCAACAAAUCAAAGCAGCCGGCUUCAACUUCCAGAAACAAGAAAAAGAACGUUUAGACUUGUUUGUUCUCUCAUUAUCUACCAUCCCCCAUAAAGCUUUCCUUCGUUUCCAUUUUUUUCAACGUCCAGAAAGAGCGAAAGCAAGGAAAAAGAGAUGAAGCAUCAAGUUUUUGUGAUUACCAUUUUGGUUUCGCUCUCAUCAUUCGCUUCAGUUUCAGCUAGAUUCUUUCCAAAUAUAACAGCUAUUCCGCCAUGGCCACUUCCUAACGCCACCUCACUCGCCCCUUGGGAUGCCUUCAAGAAAUUCGCCGGUUGCCAGUCGGGCGAAAAGAGAGACGGCUUGUCCAAGCUCAAACAGUACUUUAACAACUUCGGUUAUAUCCCCAACUCUCCGACAAAUUUUAGCGACGAUUUCAAUGACGAGCUGGAAAAAGCCUUGAAAAUAUACCAACAGAAUUUCAACCUUAACGUUACCGGUCAACUGGAUGAUCAGACUCUUCAACAGAUCGUACGACCGAGGUGCGGUAACGCCGAUAUAGUCAAUGGGACGAGUUCCAUGAACUCCGGCAAAUCGUCGUCGUUUCACACCACUGGACACUUCCGUACGACGGCUCAUUAUGCUUUCUUCCCGGGAAGACCAUUUUGGCCUGCCAAUAGGCGGGACUUGACAUACGGGUUCUUACCCGCAAACGAAUUAUCAGACGAGGUAAAGGCCGUGUUCACACGCGCCUUCGAGAAAUGGUCUGCCGUUACGCCGUUGACCUUCACGCAAACGGAUUCAUUCUUCUCCGCCGACAUUAAAAUUGCUUUUUACAGCGGAGAUCACGGAGAUGGGGAGCCCUUCGACGGGGUUCUAGGAACUUUGGCUCACGCGUUUUCUCCGACAAACGGAAGGUUCCAUUUGGACGCGGCGGAAAACUGGGUAGUGUCGGGCGAUGUCACGACGUCUUCGCUGUCGUCGGCGGUGGAUCUGGAGUCCGUGGCUGUUCACGAGAUCGGGCAUUUGUUGGGGCUGGGACAUUCGUCGGUUGAAGAUGCGAUUAUGUUCCCAACGAUCUCUUCAAGAACAAGGAAAGUGGAGCUGGCGAAUGAUGAUAUAGAUGGGAUUCAGUCGUUGUACGGUAGUAAUCCUAACUUUAAUGGUUCGGCGACUACUUCGACUACUCAGGAGAGGGAAACUAGCGAUGGUGAAGCCCGUUACUUGGGUUCACGGUGGGGCCUUGGCGUUUUCUUGACCGUCGGAUUUAGCUUCUUAUUUUUGUAGAUUAUUAUGUAAUUAUUUUAUUUGAGUAUAUUAAUUCUUUGUUUUUAUUGGGUGAUAUUUAUGCUGUGCUGCCCCAUGCCAUGAGGUUAUUUGUUAGCCAUAUUGUUAGGGGUGUAUAUGUAUUGAUUUUUUAGUAUACUUACAACUUGAUUACACAGAUACUUUUAA